AUGCACGCUGUGAUCCUUGGUGCUGCUCUCCUCAUCGCUCUGUCUGCCAUACAGGCUAGGCCUGGCUUGAAGGCGAGGCAGUCCAUCACUGCCCUCACAUAGGCACAGAUCACGGUGUUCACAUCAUAUAUUUGGUACAUGAGCAUGGGCUACUGCAAUGUGUCACAGACGUUGGUUUAGGACUGCGGGAUGAACUGCGAGGCAAACCUCAACUUCGAUCUAGUAGCUUUAGGAGGCGAUGGUGACAGCAUGCAGUAUUGGUUUGUUGGAUAUGAUCUGAAUCUUGAUACAGUGAUUGUGUCUCACCAGAGCACAGAUCUCAAUGAAAUCUUGCCUCUUGUAACAGAUGACGAUAUCAUGCUGGUCAACCCAGAUUCAUCAUUUUUCACUAGGCUGAGUUUAGAUAUUGAGGUCGAUCAAGGCUUUACUGCAAUGGAUAUUCUUUCAGCUGUGCAGACGACUAUGUCAACAUAUAGAACAAAUCAAAUAACAAUUGUCGAUCAUUCACUCAGAGCUGCGAUAUUGUUGCUUGACUCAGUCUAUUUGCUACUGUACAUCCCAGAUGCCUUUUACGCAUACUUCAGCUAUAGGCUGCCUCAGGUGAAAACCAAGCCUUCAUAACUUACGUUGAUGCCUCCAUCAGUCAUGGUGACACACAUUAACAAUGAGGAGGACCUGAUCCUGAUCUGUCCGGGCAUGUUCCUCAGGUUCAUGCAUUGUCAGAUAAGGUGCACAUUGAGGACUUGGGUGAGUGGGUGACAUGUCCUGGCCAGAAUAUCCUGAGCGGAUGAGGACUUGUCAGACCAUGAUGGGCCAUAUAAUGGCAUUACGAUGGGGUGCUGAACAUUUAGGAGCUGGACUUUGGACUGGAAAUGAUACCCUGAGUGGCCGGUGAUGGGAGGAGGGAACAGUUUUGGCAGCAGAAUGCAUGGUGCUGUGU